UUACCUUACUGAAACAGAAUUAAGUAAUUCACUUAACGUUAUUAUUCGUUCUGCUCAGAGAGAAUCUUUUCCAGAAUAUGAUAUUCUUUUACAAAAGAAAGAAUUACCAGUUAAAAGUGCUUUGUUAAAAUUUAAUGUAUUUUUAGAUCAAAAUAAUUUAAUGCGUAUUGGCGGUCGUAUUAGUAAUUCACAAUUUUCAUAUGAUAAAAAACAUCCUUUACUAUUAAUGUCCACACAUCGAUUAACACAAUUAAUAUUUCAACAUGAACAUUUGAAACUUAUGCAUGCUGGGCCACAGUUAUUGUUAUCUUCAAUAAGAGAAGUUUAUUGGCCUAUCGGUGGUAGAAAUUUAGCAAAGACUACUUAUAGACGAUGUAUCAGGUGUACACGCAUGAAAGGAAAGAUUGAAGCUCCUAUUAUGGGUAAUUUACCCCAGCGUCGAGUAACUCCCGGUAAUUAUCCUUUUGAGUCUGUUGGCGUGGACUAUGCAGGUCCUAUUGCUUCUGUUAGUCGUCAAGGUCGUGGCUCCCGUGUUGUCAAAGUUUAUAUAGUUAUAUUUGUAUGUUUUACGACUAAAGCAUUACAUCUGGAAUUAGUGGGUGAUUUGACAAGUAACAGUUUUAUUUCUACUUUUCGUCGAUUCAUUGCUCGUCGGGGUAAACCAUUGCACUUAUAUUCAGAUAAUGGUACUACAUUUGUUGGGGCUUGUAAAGAUUUAGCUAAUUUCUUAAUGCGUAACUCUGACUCUCUUGCCACUGAUCUCAUCAAUGAUGGCAUAAACUUUCAUUUCAUACCUGCGUAUUCACCACAUUUUGGUGGGAUUUGGGAGGCAGCAGUUAAAUCUACGAAAUACCAUUUAUUAAGAGUAUUAGGGAACUCUAAAUUAACUUUUGAAGAAUUGUAUACAGUUUUAACGCAAAUAGAAGCUAUUUUAAACUCACGACCACUCACUCCCUUAUCAACGCACCCUGAAGAUCUGACCCCACUGACCCCUGGACAUUUUUUGAUCGGACGUCCACUCACAGCUAUUCCAACUGAAAGUUAUGUAGACCACAAUUAUAGUCAUCUUUCAAGAUUUCGAAGAAUUGAACAGCUUCGUCAACAUUUCUGGACACGAUGGAGCAAGGAGUAUAUCUCAGAACUCCAAAAACGGACAAAAUGGCAAACCCAAGGAAACCCUUUGCAAAUUGACUCACUUGUUUUGCUAAAGGAGGAAAAUCUGCCACCUAUGAAAUGGAAGCUGGGUCGCAUCGUGGCGCUCUUUCCUGGUGCAGAUGAUGUUGUUCGUGUCGCAGAAAUUUGUCCAUUGCCGAGUGGAUUGGUUGAAGCCAAGCCUUCAACGCCUGGGGGCAUGUUGGUGCAUAGCGCCUGAAUAAUAUUGAGUAGCAACUACUACAAAUGUCUUAACUGCUACAAACAGAACAAGGGCGUGCUUUAGUUUGUAGUAUUACUAAUUCAUUCCAAUUACACCUCUGUACAAAGAAA